GGUUAUCAAUCCAAAUUCCAAACACUUUCAUUCCAUCCGCUCAUUUAAUUGAAGUCCAAAAGCCAGUCUUCUGCCCCACCCUUUUGGUUUCCCCUGUUCCGAAGGAAAACAUUGAUCCGUUAGAAGACCAAUCCCCUUCCCACAAGAAAUUCUCAACCACUUCCAUGCCGACGUUCAACCGCCGCACUCACUAAAACCUCCCUCAAAUAUGUCCGCCGCCGGCGUUAGCAAAUUAGGCACCUCACUCUCCGUAGUCUUUGUAGCCUUUCUCGUAGCUCUCUUUGCCCAGUUCAUUCUCGUCCUCUGCCGCCGCCGCCGCCGUCGCCGCACCGUUCCCCCUGUCUCCGGCGAUGACGAACGCCGGUCUCCGCUGGCAUCGAAAGAGGUUUUCUUGUUUUUCUGCCUCAGGACUGCCGCGCACCCCUCCAGGGUCGAGCCCAGCUCCACCCCGGGCGUCGAAGACUCGGCCGGGCCGUCCCCUGAGUCGCCGGAGAUGGAUCUCGUCGACCUGCUGAAGCUUUCCGGCGGCGGCCUCUACGGGCCCUCCAAGAUUCUAUUCACGAUCAAGGAAGAAGAGAAGGAGGAAAUGGAAUCUGUUUGUUCUAAUUCGGCGGAGAAGGGUCCGGAGUGGAAAUGCGACGGUGGCCGGAGGAGCUUGGAGGACUGUUUUCAGAUCGAGCAGGGGACGCCGGAAAAUAAGCCGGCGGUGGUUUGCUCGACGGCCGAUCAUUGCUGUGUGAAUAUAGAAACGACGCCGUUCGCCACUCCAAGCGCCUCGCCGUCGUAUUUCACUCCAUUGGCCUCGCCUGGACAUGGACUUCCAAUUAACUCGCCGCCGCCGGCACCUGACGUUUAGGCGGUUUACCUCAUGAACAGUACUCCGUAUUUAAUUUUAUUUAAAUUUUGCCAUUUGGCCAUUAUUUUUCUUUUAAUCCCUCUUUGACAAUUACUAAUAAUUUCCUAAUAUUUCGUUGGUUCAUGUCAUUGGGUAAAAAAGAAGUCUCAUAUUU